AUGCGCGUCAAAUUCCUUGCAACCUGGGGCUUGCUCUUCAGCUCCGCUGUUGGCUCGCCGAUGCCUCAACCGGAGCCUAAGCCGGAGCCCAAGCCCGUACCCAUGCCGGUGCCUGGCAACACAGGAUCGAGCGAAGACUGGAAUACCGCCCACAAGAUUGCCACUGCCGGCCUCAUUACGGGAACCGCUCUAACUAUAGCCACUGCAGUGUGGAACGACUGCAUGGCGAGAUAUUCAUCUCGGGCCCAGACUAAUAAAGAUGCCGUGCAGUCGCUGGCCACGGCAUUCCAAAAUUACAUACAAGCGCUGGUGAACACCCGAGACCCAGGAGCCGGGGAGCAGGCGAAAAGUUUGAACUCCAGGCUUUAUGAUAUCCAGAAUCGCUACGGGCGGAUGCGCAUCAACGCGGGGAGGAGGGCGAUCGCCGACUUGUACAAGCAAGAGGGCCUGGAGCUGUACGAUUUGGUCAAAGACGCCAAAGCAGUUUUGGCCGAGUCGGAAAAGUACGAGAAGAUAAGCGGGAGCGGGAGCAGCACCGACUGGAACGACCGCUCGAAAUACUACUCCUUCAUCAAGAGGGCCGUCACCCACGCUCAGCAGAACGGUAUCGCCUCGGGGUCGGACUUCAAGAAGAGGGAGGCCGGCCGCAAGAGCAGCAGCAUCCUCGGACUGCGAAACAUUAUCCCCAGAGCCCAGAUGCUUCACUUUUUCGAUAUCUGA